CGCCGCGCCAGAGGCUCGUGCACUCGGCAGGUUGGGCUGCGGCGGCGGCAGCUGUGGGAGCUGAGGCGCUGCGCGUGAGAGGUCCCAGUAGCGUCUGCGGCUCCAGUUCCGCCACCCUCCGCUUCUCUCACCCCAGUUUCGGUGCCGGGUGCGGAGAAGGGAACGGCGCUAGUGUUGGGAACGUCGAGCACACCCCUGGCUGCUUCCGACACCGCCAUCCUUCCUUUCCCAGCCGCGGGCCUCGCUCGGUGCGAGGCGACUCUGCGGGGAGGCGGCGGCGACCGCUGCCAGUCUGUGGGGAGGAGUCCUGCCCUGCAGCCUUACUCCGCAGCCGGGCCCUAAAGGGUCCGAAAGAGCUCGGCGCCGGUCCUUCCUCUCUCCUCUUUCGUCAACCGGUUGGAGCAGCGUCAGUCCGAGAGGUCUCUGGGCUGAGGCGGCGGCAGCUCCUCCGGCUCCAUCAUGUCCGCGGGCGGAGACUUCGGGAAUCCGCUGAGGAAAUUCAAGCUGGUGUUCCUGGGGGAGCAGAGCGUUGGAAAGACAUCCUUGAUCACCAGAUUCAUGUAUGACAGUUUUGACAACACCUAUCAGGUAUUUUAUUUUUGUUUGUCAGUUAGAUGCUUUUGCACAGUAAUUCAAGUUUAUGAACCCAUUAUCCCAGCCUAUAGCAGAACGGGAUAUACAUUUUCAGACUGGAUGUUUAACACUAAUCUCUUUGUCCACCCUCCUAUACCAGAUGUUAACUCAUUCCAGCAAACUACAAAAUGGAUUGAUGAUGUCAGAACAGAACGAGGAAGUGAUGUUAUCAUCAUGCUAGUAGGAAAUAAAACAGAUCUUGCUGACAAGAGGCAAGUAUCAAUUGAGGAAGGAGAAAGGAAAGCCAAAGAGCUGAAUGUUAUGUUUAUUGAAACAAGUGCAAAAGCAGGUUACAAUGUUAAACAGCUCUUCCGACGUGUUGCAGCGGCUUUGCCUGGAAUGGAAAGCACACAGGAUAGAAGCAGAGAAGACAUGAUUGACAUAAAACUGGAAAAGCCUCAGGAGCAACCAGUCAGUGAAGGAGGCUGCUCCUGCUAAUCCCCCGUGGCAUCUUUAACUUUUCUCCAGAAGCUCACUGCUUUGGCCCCCUUACUCUUUCAUUGACUGCAGUGUGAAUAUUGGCUUGAACCUUUUCCCUUCAGUAAUAACGUAUUGCAAUUCAUCAUUGCUGCCUGUCUCGUGGAGAUGAUCUAUUAGCUUCACAAGCACAAAAAAGUUCAGUGUCUUCAUUAUUUAUAUUUUACAAAAAGCCAAAUGAUUACAACAUAUUCCAGUGAUAACUUUAAAAAUUAGAUACAUUUUCUCAACUUUUUUUUUCCUUUUCAAUGUUAAUGAUAAUGUACUUCAAAAUGAUGGAAAUUUCAACAGUAUGUGGUUUGGUUAAGGAGCAGUUGUUCAUAGUAGCACUUGCCUACCAACUUGAUCUCUUUCUGCUUUUCUCACCUCUCCCUUACUAUAUUCCCUGUUCUUACUCUCUAUCAAAACAAAUGAGGUAUGACAAAGCAGCAAUCAGACCAAGCCCAUUGGAUCCUUCAAAUUUAGCGAUACCACUUGUUCUAGGCUUGGACCAAGAUGUCCAAAAAUAUUAUUGAGCAGUGAUAUAAAUUACUUAGACUUUAUUUGAGGUCAAAACUCAGCUAUCAUGAGUAGGCAGUGCUUGGAUAAGACGGGUUCUGUUGCAUCUUCAAAAUGAGUCCUAAUGAAUACACUGAGUACUUAACAAGUCAAGUGAACAUAAAAUGUGUUUCAGACCAAAACAGAUGACCCUUUCACAUGUUAGUCUCUGGGAGAGAAGGGUAACACUACUUCAGAACAUGUUUUUAAUACUGAAUUCUUCCAGUGAACUAUUUCUCCCAGGAUUUUAAAAAUUGUCAAGAUAAAGUUAUUCUCUUUGUUUAAAAAGGGGGGGAGAAGAAAAGAAAACUUUUGUAAGCAAUAGAUUUCUCUGGGGUUUUCUUUCUUUCUUUCUUUCUUUUUUUUUUUUUCCAAAAAAUGCUAUGCAGUCAAGGCGCUAUAGGAAUCAAAUUCCUUUAAGAAGAACCAGUGGAAGAAUUUAAACUUGGCACCUUGAUCAGAACUAUAAUAACCAGUAAAAGCAAUGAUAUCUAAAGUUUACCAACAAAAGAAUCCUCAACAAAAUAAUAAAUACUAUACUUUGCUCAGGACAUUUGAGGUCAGAUUGAAAAUAGAAACAGUUUUCUUAUAAGCCCCUAGAGGCAGAUCUGGAUAAGCAUACAUAGAAGAGGGAAAGGAGAGAAUGGAAAUAAAACUCAAUAUUAUGCAGAUUUAUGCCUUAUUUUUUAACUUUUUUUUUUUAAUGUUGGGUCUUUCAGGCUGAUUUUGCUUUUUAUUAGGUCUGUGUAGUUUGGUUAAUUAACCAGUGAUUUAGUUUUAUAUUUAAGCUACAGUUAAUCUUUUUUCUUUGGUGAUAUUUAUUUCUUUGCCUUUUUUUUUUUUUAACUACUUUCAAUUUUUAGAUGUUUUGUCCAGUCUGUUUAGAGCUUCAUUACCAUGGCAAUAUAUAUUUCCCUUAAAACACUGUAAAGAAAUAUACUAGGAGUGCACCAUUUUAAUCUUUACUAGUUAUUGUGAGAUUGCUGUGUAAGUUAAUAAACACAUUUGUAAAUACAUUGUUUGCAGGAAGAAUAUUUCUGAGUUACAGCUCAGGAAAAGCCUGCUGAAUUUACGUUGUAAGCAUUACUUAACACAGUAUAAGGAUGAAAAGACAACAAAAUUCAUACUUCUUCAUCCCCUCAUUGCAACAAAACCCUUAACUGGGAGAAUCUUAUUCCCCUCUCUUUCCUCUUCCUUCUCCAAUUCCCACUUAUUGUCACCUUAUAAUAUUCAGAGAGCACUUGGAUUAUGGGUCUGAAUAGAGAAAUGCUUUCAGAUAAUCAUUAGCCCACAUACCAGUAACUUAUACUAAAAGAUGGGAUGGAGUUGUAAAGUGCUUUUAUAUAAUACAAUAUUAUUGUUAAAGGCAAGGGUUGACUCUUCUGUUUUAUUUUGACAUGGCAUGUCCUGAAAUAAAUAUCAAUUCAAUAUGG